GUGAAUCCCUCCCCAUCACUUCCCAUCGGCAACCCAGCGUAGUACUGUAGACGUGGCUCAGGCAAGCGAGGCGCAUACCCCAUCUCCAUGGCACGUUUGCGCGCGUGAGCACACGUCCGUGAGGCCCUCCUCCUACAAACAGGAUGGCGGAAGUACAUUCAAUCCCGCCGCUGAACACGAGUGGUGGCGGGAGGAAAAAGGCGGCGGCAGCAGCAGCAGCAGCAGCACCAAGGAAAGACGGCGCCGAAGAAGGUUCUUCUGCAGGCCAGGUAGCUCACACCUUGACUGCUUGUACGCGCUGUAGACAGCGCAAAACACGAUGCGACCCGGGACUCCCACGAUGCACACCCUGCGAACGCACGAACUCCAUUUGUGAGUACUAUGACUCGAAUAGAGGGCACAAUGUAAAUCGCAACUACGUGGUCUGGCUCCAGCACAGGUGUCGGGAGCUGGAGGAGGAGCUCGACAAGGUGGAGAACGAGGAUGGCCACGAGGAUCCCGAGGCGCUGAUGCGAGCGGCGAAUGUCAGGAUGCACGACGAGAAGGAGUCCAAGUAUCUCGGACCCUCGAGCGGCAUAGCCAUCACACGCCUCGUGAUGCAGCUCGCAAAGCAGUUUACAGAUGCCAAGAGCAUCACGGAGAUUGUGCCUGAUCAACGAGCACGGCAGAUCAAGGAACUUUACGCGCAGGAACAGGCCAAACCGACCUCGAAGAUAUAUCCCUUGAUCAGCGAUGUGGCGGCAUCAGAACUGCCUAAUCGAUCACUUGGAGAUUUGUUGCUGCAAUUGUAUAAGUUGAAGGUGCAGCCAAUGUAUCCCGCGCUGCACGAACCCAGCCUCGACAACGACUUUGAUACAGCGUACACGCAGCCGCAUCGGGCCACUCCAUAUCAGCAUUUUGUGUGUCGCAUGGUCAUCGCCAUCAGUCUGCAGAAAAUGGACACGCAAUAUGCUGGACUGGCAGACAGCUACUACUUGGCAGCACUCCAGUACAUGGAGGCAGCGGUGCGGCCAAUGAAUUUGAAAACGCUCCAGUGUUUUGCGCUCAUGGCAGAGUACUCCCUGUUGACUCCCACACGGACGGCGAUCUACUAUGUGGUGGGCAUAGCGGUACGCCUAGUGCAGGCACUGGGCCUGCAUGAAGAAAAGACCAUCACGCGGGGCCAGCGAGACGGCACAUCUAACUUUCUCGAGAUUGACCUCAGGCGCAGAUUAUUCUGGUGCAUCAUGGUCAUGGACUGGGGAUUGGCGCAUUCGAUUGGCAGGCCUGGCAUGCUCGCCACGGGCCAAGACCACAUUGAUGUGGGCUGGUUCGAGACUUGCGAUGACCAAUACAUUACUCCCGAAGGCGUCAGUCCCGCAGCACAGCGACCGACGCUCAAGAAAUGGGUGGCGAUACACUUCUUCAAGAUGCGGCUGUUACAGUUGGAAAUCCGGAGAAAGCUCUACCAGAAGAAGAGAGCGGAGCCGAAGAGCGACAGUGAUCCGUGGUUCAUACGCAUGGACGCAAAGCUGGCAGCGUGGAGAGAUGCAGCGCCCUCGCAGGACGAAGGGGCAGGCCUGGACAAGAUCUGGUUCAUUGGACGAUACAACACGAUGGUGGUGUUCCUGUAUCGACCAUCGCCUCAAGUGCCGCGACCGUCACUGGCAGCCGCGCUGAAGUGCUACGAGGCUUGUGAGUACAACGUGUACAUGCAGCGGCAACAGAUUGCGAAAAAGAACAUCGAUCUCACCUGGAUCUUCACGCAAUCGCUCUUCAUGGCCAUCAAUACGAUGCUAUGGACCUUGAGCUAUGUAGAGGUGCGACGCAAGUAUAGCCGCGAGACUGUAGAAGGUCAUCUCAACGUAGCAAUGGAAGCCAUUGAACAGGCCUCCGAGCGCUGGCCUGGGGUCGCUUCCGCGGUGCAGCUGUAUCAAAAUCUCAUCUUCGCCAUUAUGCGAAUAUAUGACAAGCCGGGUGAUAUACCCAUCUCGGCCAGUACGCCUUCUGAUCAGGCUUCACCGGGAUCGAUGCUGGCAGACAAUCGGUCUCGAGCAACGAGUGCGAGCGCCCCAUCUGUAGCGACUCCUCCUGAGGAACAACAGGCACCAUUUGGCUUCAUCCAUCAGCAGGCACCACAAGCAAGCAUCGAAGAAGCUCCACCAGUCCCAUUAUAUCACGGCGAAUCGAGCUUCAGCGACGCACCGAGGCCAUCGAGGCAGCUCUCCAACACCAACACACACCAUGCACAGAGCUCCGACUCGGUGACUACCAUCAGCUCCCUCGAUUACGGCUCUCAGCACUACUACCACAACACUCCGUUCCACAGUCUACCCGAAUUCACGCCCAAUCUCACAGUCCCGGGUUGGACGGCUCCUCAGCAGCAAUCGAUGAUGUACGCGCCAGCAAUGGCCGCCCAUCCGAACAUCAGCCCCUACGCCCAUGACGCAUUUGAUCCUACGCAUCCGACAUAUCCCUUUCCCUCGGGUGGCUUUGACCACGAUGUGAAUCAUGGCGGGGAGAUAUUACCAGAUCAACAGCAACAGCAAUACGUCUCACAGUACUGGGAUCUGGACACGGGAGUCUUUGGAGAAGGUCUCACGCAGAUGCAGCAGCAGGAAUUGAUGCAUUCGCUCGAGACCAAUGGCAUGGAGGAUAUUCAGCACUUGAUUCAUACCACGCUCGCUGCGAUUACGCCUAAGACGCCGCAGAAGCCACAGGAUGCACCAUUUUGAUUUAUCUGUUGUUGAACGGAGAAGAGUAGAAGAAGGAGAAGGAGAAGGAGAAGAAGAAGUGCAGAAGAGGCGUGGAUGUUUGUGUUGUAUUGUGAUGGAGUGUUGAUGGAGCUGGAGCUGGAGCUGGAGGGGAAGAGGACAUGUAGCAGAGAGGAGAAGGAGGU